UAAACAGAUCAUUAUGAAAAUGCAAUCGUUGAUCACGUGAUCCCAACUAUAAAGUUUUAUAACUUUUAGUAACACUGGAAAGAGGACCUUUCUUCGCUUGGCGCCUAUCUAAGCUCUGACAAGAUGGCUGGACUGCCUCCCAUUACACAGUUGGCUGGCAACCAUCGAGUUUUAUUUGAGGGUUUCUGGGCCCUUGUGGAUCAGGCUGGUAGUGGCAGUGUGCCAGCCAGCAUCGCUGCUGAGUUCCUCAAGAAGAGCCAACUGAGAGAGUCUGUCCUACACAAGAUCUGGGAUUUGAGUGACCCAACGUCAACAGGAAGUCUUGACAAGCAAGGCUUCUUCAUGGCUCUCCGUCUGGUGGCCGCCUGCCAGAAGGGCAAGGAAGCGAAUGUUACCAACAUAGCUCUCACUGACCCCCCUCCAAGGUUUAACGGCAUAGACCACGCCUCCCUGGAUGGACGGAGCAAGUGGAGCAUUGACAAAGACGAGCAGACCAGAUACGAGCAUCUCUUUCAAAGCCUGAUUCCGACCAAUGGGUUACUCUCAGGGGACAAGGCAAGACCCUUCAUGCUCUCAUCCAAACUACCCAUGGAUGUCCUGGGGAAGGUGUGGAAUCUUUCUGACAUUGACAAAGAUGGUAGCCUGGACAAGGAUGAAUUUUCAGUGGCUAUGAAGUUGAUCUCUCUUGCCCAGGGUGGUGAGACUCUACCCCCAUCCCUCCCCUCCACGCUUAUACCCCCCUCUAAGACCAAGGGGGGCGUGUCCUUCCCCCCUACGUCCAUGGGGGCCAUGUCUUUCCCCCCUACGUCCAUGGAGGCUCCUCUGAAUACCAGCAUCCUGAAUACCAGCAUCCCAGAAUCUCCUAUUACAAGAACCCAGGCCACUAGUACAGAGUGGGUGGUUCCCCCUGAGGCUAAGGCAAAGUACGACACCUACUUCCAGGGUAUUGACAAGGAUCACGAUGGAAUAGUGUCGGGAGAUGAGGCUCGAACUCUCUUUAUGGCCUCCAACCUGCCACCCAAACUACUAGCCCACGUCUGGCAUCUGUGUGAUAUUGACAAGACAGGCAAGCUCAACGGUGAUCAGUUUGCGCUGGCCAUGUUCUUAAUAGCAGAGAAGGUUCGAGGGAAGGAAGUACCCACUGAGCUCACACCUGCCAUGAUACCACCGGCACUACGGAAACAGACCACACCCCCUAACAACACGCCCACACACAGCUCUGCCGCUUCUAGUUGGGCAUCCCCGGCUUGGAGCGCACCUGGAGUCGCUAUGGCAACGUCUGUAGCCAUAGCUACAUCAGCUUCAAGUACAUCGACAGCAUGGUCUACUACGCCCACCAGUUUAAUGGGGGAACCCAUGGCAACAACUGGCGAGGAGGGGGAUGGGUUUGGGAGUGACUUCUCAUCCAUCAUGGAACUAGACACCAUCUCGAAAGAAGUGGACACCAUUCGAAAAGAGAAGUCUCAGCUGUCAGAGGAAAUAAAGAGCAAGCAGGAGUUGAUCCUGUCCCGUCAGUCUGAGGUGGAGGGACUACAGAAUGAGGCUGAGGCCAGUGCUGGGCAGAGAGAGAGACUGGAGAAAGAGAGGGCGGAGGCUCAGGAACGUUUGGAAGAGUUAGACAGAGAUAAGGGACGUGUGGACAGGGAGAUUGCUGAGAUGAGACGCAAGUGUGAGGAGGAACAAAAAGAGAUCGAUCGUCUCAAAGAGACAUUAUCAGCUCAGCAAGUGAGUAAGGCAAGUCAGACAGAAGAAUUGGAAAAGCUGAGGGUUCAACUGGAGGCACUAAGGAAAGAAGAGAAAGAGUACAAAGACAAUGUUGAAGCCAGUGCAGGGGAGCUGGACAAGCUACAGAAGGCCCACCAGAACAUCCAAACCCAAAUAUCACAGACUCGUCAGAAGAUAGACUUGUACAAGGAGGAGCAUCAGAGUCUCUCUGGGGCACUGGCCAUGUACCCUCCCAUCUCAACCCCCUCCUCCACACGUUCAUCCAGUGUUGUCAAUAUCAGUGACAUGGCUCUCUCCCACUUGCCCUCUGAGUUAAACGUACCGCACAUUUCAGAGCCCGAUGCCAUCUCAGCCAGAGCCACUGCUGGGUCCAGUAGUCCCGUGUCAAGCAUCAGCGGGUUCAGCACUAACUCUCAUAUGGACGAUGGGGGCGAGGAUUCAAGCGGCAAGGGAGACGACAAACGAACAGGGGCAGACCCCUUCACCUCCACACACACUGGGAGUGACCCUUUCGCUGCAUUCUCACUGCCUCCUGAUGACCCCUUUGCCGUCAACAGAGGAGGAGGUGCAGCUUUCAAACCAUCAGACUUGUCUGCAUUUGAUCCAUUUGGAACCUCGGAUCCUUUUAAGGCUACAAGUUCUGCUCCUCCUGGUGACAAUCUUUUUAAGAGUGAUCCAUUCGCUAGUAGUUCAGCGGGCAUGGUCAAGGCAUCUGCCCCGCCCACCAUGUCUGGUGGUAGCACCGACCCCUUCAGUGGACAAGACCCAUUCAGUAGCGACCCCUUCGCUAGCAUAGAGAGGAAAGACGGGGAACAGCUGUCUGGUUGGUCCUCUAAUGCUUUCUCUAUGGACCCAUUUGCCAGUCAAGGCUCCACCUCUGACCCCUUCUCCAGUGAUCCAUUUGGGGAUGACCCCUUCAGUCGCCAGGGCAACGCUGGAGAGGACAACCCCUUUAAUCAACCAGCCCCAUCAGCUAAUAAUGUCACAGUACCAGAACCACUUCCUCAGCCUGGUCCCCAUGCCUCCAACACUGAGCGUCUACGUUGGGCACAGAGAGAGAGCGAGCGAGAACAAGCUCUGAGGAACAAAAGACAAGUAGAAGAGGAAGACGCCAUUGCCAAAGCCAUCAGAGAGUCUAUGAAGAAAUCGUGAGAAGAAUCACUCAGAACUAUAUAUUAUAGUAGAGACUGAUUAUUAGCCCCUGUGUGUGCGUUGAUAUUCAUCAUUAUUUUUUGUGAGGUGCAUUAAAAAUUCACUACAUGUAGAUCUGCUUUUUGUCUCAAA